AUGCAAAAUACUAGUCGGCCAUCCCCACAUUAUACAAAAUCUUCUUUGGUUAAGUAUGAGUUUAAUGAUUUAGAAAAUCUUUUCAAUAAUAAGUAUAACCAUAAAAGAGUUCAUUUACACGAUGGCUUCAAAGAUUAUUUUGUAUCAGAGAUAAAAAUGAAUAAUAAUAUAUAACAAAUAUGAUGGAAGUAUCCAAUUUUGAUGAAAGUCAAUAACCUACAUUGAAAAUUAUAUCAAAGUUUAGUUAAUAUGAUGAAUAUUUUUCAAUUUAAGAUCCAAUUAGAAUAAUUUAAGGAAGUGAUGUACUUUGAAUAUUUAUAAGUAGUCAUAAUAUCCAUUUGUAGUGAAAUUUAAUGAAAAGAAAUUACUUGAUAUUGAUGACUUAUAUAAUCAAUCUCUUCCUGCAUUAAAUGGAUAGGUUGUUCUAUUAAUCACAUAAAAUCCUCCUUUAGAAUUAAUUCAUUUUAUAGAAUCUCAAGCAUCAUAGUUUAUUAUUUAUUUAUAAACUCCAAAUUCUGAGAUUCAAUAAUAUAUUUAAAAUUCUUCAACUUCAAAAAAGCAUUCUAAACCAGAAAUAAUUAUUGGAAAGGUUAUUGUAUUAAAUUAGUCUAGUUUUCUUUCAAAAAAAGUUUAUCAUUAAUUGAUCAAUAUAUAUUUAUGCCAGAUUACUCCCAUGAAGGUAAAUAGCAAGUUGUAGAAUGUGUUUCUUUAUUGUUAAGAUUGAUACCACAUGAAAUUGAUAAAUUUACAUUCCUUAUCAAAUUAUAAGGCAAUCCAAUUUAAGAUAUAUUUUCAAUGGGUUCUAGAAUGAAUGAAGCAUUUAUAUAAAGGUAUGAAAAUUAAUUUUGGAUCAAUAAGAUUCUUAGACAAUCUUAAAAUAGAAAUGGAAUAGUAUUAAAAUAAAGAGAUCAAAAAAAGACAGGUUUUGAAAAAUCACAAUAUAUGAUGUUGAGCAAUACAAUUAAUUAAAAUAAAGGAUUUAAUUUAACAGUAGAAAAUACAGAAUUUAUAAUAAAUUUAACAAAGUAUCAAUAAGGAACUGGUAUAGUACAUACUUUUUAAUGUAAAAUAUAUUAAAAAGGAGUAGAAGGAAGAAAUAAUAAUUCUAUUGAUUAAGGAAGAUUAUUUUGUUCAUUAAUAUUUUUAAUUAAAGAAUUGAAAGGAUUUAGUUAAUAUGAUUAAGAAGACUUUAUUAGUUUAAUGAAAAUAAUAUAAUAGUCUUCAUUCUUAUCAUGCUGUUUCUGCAUUAAUUUAAUGAAAUAAGAAGAUUUAAAAGAAUUAAGUUAAAUAAAAAUGCAUUAUAAGAGAUAUUUAGAAAUACUUAUUUGUAGUGGAAUUAUAACAAAUGAAUAAGAUAGUUAUGUAUUGUAAUCCAUUUUCAAUAAAUGUUUGAAUUGUCCAAUUUAUGAUAUUUCUAUACCUAAAAGUGAACAUUUAGGUUCUGGAGACAACUUUACAUAAUAAAUAAUAUAGACAGAGGAAACAGGAGAAAAAAUCUAUUCAGUAGAUUACGAUUAUGCAUUAUCUUAAAAAUCAUAUUAAAUAGUUCUUGGAUUAUAAUAGGAUUUAAAUUAUAGUGAAUUAUAAAUAGAACCAUAAAAACGAUUCCCUUAUUAGACAACAACAUCUAUAUAAAAUUCCUUUAAUGAAUGA